AUCAUCUGCAUUUUCUCUCUCCAAACAAACUUCUCACUUCCUCUCUUCACUUCGUUUUCACUCUCAAGUCUCAGCAAAAAUCCAAAUGGAAACGAAAAUCGGUUCAUUGAAUUCAUGCAACUCGGCAAGCUCCAACGACGUCGGCUGCCUCCCUUCCAACGGCGUCGUCUCGUCGAUCAAGUCGUCCGCCGUCGCUUUCAACUCGGCGGAAGCGACGCUCGGCCGCCACAUUGCGCGGCGGCUGGUGCAGAUCGGCGUCAGCGACGUGUUUUCCGUCCCCGGAGACUUCAACCUGACGCUGCUGGAUGACCUCAUAGCUGAGCCGGGGCUCAACGUGGUCGGCUGCUGCAAUGAGCUCAAUGCAGGGUACGCCGCCGACGGAUACGCCCGGGCUCGCGGCGUCGGCGCGUGCGCGGUGACGUUCACCGUCGGAGGGCUGAGUAUUCUCAACGCGAUCGCCGGCGCGUACAGCGAGAAUCUCCCGGUGAUUUGUAUCGUCGGAGGUCCGAACUCGAACGAUUACGGCACGAACCGGAUCCUGCAUCACACGAUCGGGUUGCCGGAUUUUAGCCAGGAGAUGCGUUGCUUCCAAACCGUAACCUGCUAUCAGGCUGUGGUGAAUAAUUUGGAGGAUUCGCAUGAGUUGAUUGACACGGCGAUAUCAACCGCGCUCAAGGAGAGUAAGCCGGUGUAUAUAAGCAUCAGCUGCAAUUUAUCGGCGAUUCCGCAUCCAACGUUUAGCUGUGAACCAGUACCAUUUUCACUUACCCCUAAGUUGAGCAAUAAAAUGGGUCUGGAAGCAGCUGUAGAAGCGGCAGUGGAGUUCUUAAACAAGGCGGUGAAACCGGUGUUGGUGGGAGGUCCAAAAAUGCGUUUCGCAAAAGCUUGCGAUGCUUUCGUGGAAUUGGCGGAUGCUUGUGGCUAUCCUGUUGCAGCAAUGCCAUCAGCGAAAGGGCUAGUACCGGAGAUCCACCCUCAUUUCAUCGGUACAUACUGGGGCGCAGUGAGCACAGCGUUCUGUGCGGAGAUUGUUGAAUCAGCUGAUGCUUACAUCUUUGUUGGACCCAUCUUCAACGACUACAGUUCAGUAGGCUACUCUCUGCUUCUCAAGAAGGAGAAGGCGAUCAUAGUGCAGUCUGAUCGCGUGGUGAUCGGUAAUGGGCCUACGUUUGGGUGUAUUCUGAUGAAGGAUUUCUUGACGGCCCUUGCCAAACGUGUCACGCAUAAUAAAACUGCUUAUGAGAACUACCAUAGGAUUUAUGUUGGCGAUGGACAUCCUCUGAAAUGUGAGCCUAAAGAGGCGUUGAGGGUUAAUGUUCUGUUUCAGCAUAUUCAGAAGAUGCUGUCUGAGAAGACGGCUGUCAUUGCUGAAACAGGGGAUUCUUGGUUUAACUGCCAGAAGCUCAAAUUACCAGCAGGAUGUGGGUAUGAGUUCCAGAUGCAAUAUGGGUCAAUUGGUUGGUCAGUUGGUGCAACUCUAGGCUAUGCUCAAGCUGUGCCGGAGAAGCGUGUCAUUGCCUGCAUCGGCGAUGGUAGCUUUCAGGUGACGGCGCAGGAUGUGUCAACGAUGCUUCGGUGUGGGCAGAAUAGCAUAAUCUUCUUGAUAAACAACGGCGGGUACACCAUUGAAGUGGAGAUCCACGACGGGCCUUACAACGUGAUCAAGAACUGGAACUACACCGGCUUGGUUGAUGCCAUAUGCAACGGCGAAGGGAAGUGCUGGACUACUAAGGUUCGGUGCGAGGAAGAUCUUAUUGAAGCAAUUGAGACGGCGACAGGGGAGAAACAAGACUGCUUGUGUUUUAUUGAGGUGAUAGUUCACAAGGACGAUACGAGCAAAGAGCUUCUAGAAUGGGGAUCGAGGGUCUCUACUGCUAAUGGCCGCUCACCAAACCCCCAGUAGACUCCUUUGAUGCUGCAAAUCAUUUCAUAUUAUUCUCUUCUUCAUUAUUCAGCUUUAAACAUGUUUAUGUUUUGUUUGCUUUCAUAUUUCAACGUUUUAGUGGAUUACUGUUGCUAUUUUCCGAUUUCAAAA